AUGGGGGAGAGACUACUCACUCCUCCAUUAACAAUCUGCAAUUCUUCUUCCGCAGAGGACAUAUGGGCUUGGGUGUCGUAUCCUUUACCGGAAAAGGAUCAAGUUGUGCCACACACGCCAGAGACAAAGAGUGACUAUGGUCCUACGAUGCCUCUACCCCUUACCCCAAUAUCAAUCGAGGAUGGUGAUGAUGUGUCGUUUGAAGGCGAGGAGGAGACUGUUGAGGAGGCUGAGAAGCACGAUGAGGAGUUCGGUGGGGAACCAACAAAUAGCUAA